AUGGAGAGGAUUCGAGGUGGGAGGCCUGGGGGUGGGGUUCCAAGACAGGCGAGUGCAGACAGCGGGAGAGAGAGAGAGGGAGAGCGAGGGGGAGAGAGAGGGGGAGAAGGAGGGAGGGGAGAGCCCAAGGGACGGAUUGCUAGAGGGUCUAGUAUGGACGUGGGUGCAAUGCUGGGAGGGGGGGCUGUGGAGAGGAAAUACGUGGGGCAGGGGCAGUCACACUCCUCCCACUCCCCUCUUCCACGGUCCCAAUCGCAGUCGCUGCAGCAGCAGCACCUGCAGCAGCAGCAGCAGCAGCAGCAGCAGCGGGUGCCUUUACCGAGGCGUGCUUCUGUUGACAGUGACCCUCAUUCCCCUCACCGCUCCUCUGGGAGUGUUGGGGCCCCCCAUAGCCCUGGCACGUCUGGAUCUUCUGCUGCUGGUGCUGGUGCUGGUGCUGGUGGUGCUGGUGCUGGUGGUGGUGCUGGCAGCAGCGCAGGAGACAAGAAAAUCUCACGCCUCUCCUCUCUUUCCGCCGAAGACCUGAACGCGUUAGGGGCAGUGGAGGGGGACUCAGCAUGCACUGUAGAAGAAAUCCAGACCUCCUUUUUCAAAUCCAGCAAGAAAGGCGGGCUGCUAGGGUUUGCCAAGAGGGGCCUGGCGCAGAUGAAGCGAGGGUUCUUUGGGAGUGGGGGCGGGAGCGUGCUAGGGCGGGAGUUUGGCCGGCUGGAGAAGAAGUAUCUGAUGGUUGAGAAGGAGCUUGGGGCGGGGCAGUUUGGAGUGACGCGUGUGGUGCAGUGCAAGCAGAGCGGGCGGCAGCUGGCUUGCAAGUCGAUCAACAAGGGCGACCUGAAGAGCAAGGCGGACGUAGACGCAGUGAAGAGAGAGGUGAUGGUGCAUGAGAUGGUGGGCGGGCAUUCGAAUGUGGCGAAGCUGGAAGACGUGUUUGAAGACGAGGAGGCGGUGCAUCUGGUGAUGGAGCUGUGCCAUGGGGGCGAGCUUUUUGAUCGCAUCAAGGAGAGAAGACGACUGGAAGAGAGGGACGCGCUCUGCAUCAUGCAGCAGGUGACAUGCGGAGUAUGGGAUAAUACCUGCCGGGGGGGCGAGCUGUUUGAUCGCAUCAAGGAGAGAAGACGACUGGAAGAGAGGGACGCGCUCUGCAUCAUGCAGCAGGUGCGAGGGGGUGCACACAGGGCAUGGCAGGGCACCAUGCAGCAGGUGAGAGAGAGGAGGGGUGCUAUCGGUCUUAGCGCACUUCCACCAGCACGGCAACGUGCAUCGGGACAUCAAGCCUCAAAAGCCCUAAUGUACACUCUUCCCCCUCCCACCUACCCUGUUCUUCCGUCCCACCAGGUGCUAUCCGUGCUAGCCCACUGCCACCAGCACGGCAUUGUGCAUCGCGACAUCAAGCCUGAGAACAUUCUCCUCAAGACACAGCAGUCGCUUUCCGACUGCCGGGUCAUCGACUUUGGCAUCGCUGCUAUCGUGAAACCAGGUGCCAAGCCCCUAACCGAGUUCAUGGGAUCACCGUAUUAUGUGGCUCCAGAGGUGGUGGAGGGAAGCUACUCCUUCCCUGCAGACAUCUGGAGCGCGGGGGUCGUGCUCUAUGUCAUGCUGGCGGGAGUGCCGCCCUUUUGGGCUCGUACCGAAGCUGGGGUGAUCAAAGCUAUAAAGGAAGCCAAGGCGAGCUAUAGAGGGGAUGUGUGGCGCGGCGUGAGCGCAGAGGCGGUGGAUUUGCUGAAGAAGAUGCUUGUGAGGGAUACGAAAAAGAGGCUCACGGCUCAAGGGGCUCUUGCCCAUCCAUGGUUUACUGCGCGGUGA